GCCAAGUUAGGAACCCACCUCAAUGGCUUCACCAGCCCCUAGCCAGCUCCUCUUGAGGCUAGCUGUGACUUCAAGCUAGCAACAGAAAGUUCAUUCAGAAGACAUGAGGAGAAGCAGCUGCUUGCACCAAAUGAUGACACUUUUUCUGGUACUCUCUACUUUGACACAUGUUACUUCUUCAGCACUUAUCAAAUCACGUAACCUCGCUAGCUGGCCUAAGCCCCCAUGCAAAAUGUACUACCCAACAGAUCCUGACUAUGAAGCAUUCUGUCCAGACGUGGCAGCAUAUGUUUGUGCUACAAAUGGCUUAACCUACAAGAAUGAGUGCUUCUUUUGUAUCGAUCAGUGGGAAUUUGGGCGUCAUAUUGCAUUUGUCAAAUAUGGAAAGUGUGACUAG